ACAGUCGACGACGAUUCAGCAGUCAACAGAGCUGCAUCAUCCGACGCGAGGCAACUAGCGUAUUAUAAUUAUUAGAUAAACCCCUGUCCGCGAUCUUCGAUUCUAUGGUUUACACGGUUACCUUGAAAACCGCGUACGUAAUGCGAAGCGUUUUGUUCGUUAUUUUCAAGACCGUCCGUUGUCGAGCUUGCUGUUGAAACCUUCCACCUGUCGUACUAGCGUGUGUGCCUGUGCCUCGUGCUUUGUUUAUAUUUGUGAUGCAGUUGGGGGUCGAGAGCCAUUGUGGAUGAAUAGUUCUCUGUGUCCUGAAUUUCAUCAUAGAUUUCGUGCAGCCCUAAGUACUGACUAGCACCUGUCCUGACACCUGACUACUGUCAAAAAUUUAUAUACCGGAGCGCCACCUAGCGACGCGAUGACAUACUACCAUGACGCAAUGGGACCACAUGUUCGUUAGAUCUCUUAUUCGGGCACCGCAGUUCAGAAACCUCCAAGAUUAUCAGAACAUCUACUAUGGUCUCUGCGGUUUGGAGGCGUUGCAGACGUUGAGAGAUUCAACACUCAGGGCUCUUUGCAGGGUCGUGAGGUACGAGAAACAUGCCGCAGACGACGUAUUAUACUACACCGGCGAGUUGUCAACGUGCUGGUAUAUCCUACUGUCAGGAUCAGUCUUUAUCGAUGGAUCCCUAUUCUUACCUAGGUCCAGUUUUGGUAAGAGAACAGGAGGCAAUGCUAGAAGGCAACAUGAAUGUUUCGUUUUGGAGCCCUCGGAGAUGAUUGUAAUUGACUAUCCCGACAUCGAGAGACCGCAGAGAGCUUUCGUACCGCCGCCGCCGAUCCCCAUGGAUCAUCAGCCGCCCGCGGUUCAACAUCGGAACGUGAACAUCAUGUUCGACGAUCCCGUAUACGGCGGUAUACCUAACGUGACCACCGCCGGCAGGCCCAACCUCUACUACAAGUGCAGCAGGGGCUCCCAUUCAUCGGACACCAGUUCGGCCUACAGUGGUUCCGACACGAUGGCCUCCAACCAUUCGGAGAUGGACAAUGCCGAGGACGUCGACUUGACCGGGCUCAUGGAGAGCGCGGUCGACAGCGACGAGGAGGACGACUUGGCGGAAAGCAUUGACAGCCUUACAGUCAGGGACCGGGUCCGCGAUUGCCUGGAGAAAGAUGCCACCGAACGGACGGAGGAGGACAUCGAGACCCUCCUGGAGUUCACGCAGCACCUGACGGCGUUCACCAACAUGACGAUGACCGUUAGACGAGAGCUAUGCGCCGUGAUGGUGUUCGCCGUGGUGGAUAAGGCGGGUACCCUUGUUAUAAAUGAUGGCGAGGAACUGGACUCGUGGUCUGUGCUCAUAAACGGCUGCGUCGAGGUCAUCAUGGGCAACGGAGAGGAGGUCAGGAUACUGAACAUGGGCGAUUCAUUCGGUAUCCUGCCCACAAUGGACAAGCUUUACCAUAAGGGCAUUAUGAAGACCAGGACGGACGAUUGCCAGUUCGUUUGCAUCACGCAGUCCGAUUAUUAUAGAAUAUUGCACCAAGGCGAAGAGAACAUCAGACGACACGAAGAAGAUGGAAAAGUGGUCAUGGUAACUGAGCUCAGGCGUCCCGUAGAACCGAACUGCAAUCGUGGGGGACACGUGGUCAUACGGGGUACGCCGGAUCGCCUGAUGCUCCAACUGAUAGAGGAGAACUCUCUGACCGAUCCCACCUACGUUGAGGACUUCCUGCUGACGCAUCGCACCUUCACGCCAAGUUCAUUGCACGUGGCAAACAGACUUCUACAGUGGUUCCAAGACGCCGACGUCCGUGAUAGGGUCACUAGAGUAGUGCUGUUGUGGGUCAACAACCAUUUCACAGACUUCGAGACCGAUCCCGACAUGAUCGAAUUCCUGGAGACAUUUGAGCAGAACCUGGAGAACGAGAAAAUGGGCGGUCAGCUGAGGCUGCUGCACAUCGCGUGCGCUGCAAAGGCGCGCAUACGCAACGUGGUGCUCGCCAGGCCGAGUCGAGACAAGGAUCUGAAUUUCCAGAUCUUGGGAGGCUUCGAGAGGAAUUUCGGGAUAUUCAUCUCCAAAGUGGACAAGAAGUCGAAGGCAGAGGACGUAGGUUUGAAGAGGGGUGAUCAGAUAUUGGAGGUGAACGGACAGAGCUUCGAGCACGUGAGCCUCGCGCGCGCGCUGGAAAUACUGAAGGGUACCACGCAUCUGAGCAUAACGGUGAAGUCGAAUCUUUUGCAGUUUAAGGAGAUACUGAAUACGCCAGAUAAUUCGCCAAGGCCGAGGGGAAGGAAGGUGAACGAGAUAUCAAGAUUACAGCCUGACCCUAGAGCCAGGUUGUCCAGUGUAGAUGGUAUACUGGCUGACGCACCCGCAGCUCAACCUGUCACAAUCAACAGCCCAAUGAAGGACGGUAGAAAACCGACCAGUUUUAUGACGUUGGGGCCUAAGAAGCGAUUCCAGAAGGCUCUAAUGAAGAUAAAUUUCUUGCCUAAAAAUAUUAUCAACGUUAGAGUUGGUAGUGAUCAAGUAGAUAGUUUUAACACAUCUUCAAGCCAAGGAUCUAACCUGUAUGAAUCUCAAAGUAAUCCUGAUUUAGUGUCGAUGUGCUAUGAUGACGGUGGACGACAUAACGAUUAUCCUGAACAUGUCCUCAAGGUUUAUAAACCGGAUCAAAGUUACAAAUACCUGUUAGUUCAUAAGGAAACAACCGCCCACGAGGUGGUGAUGCUUGCCCUUCAGGAGUUCGGUAUGACCGAUCCUAGCAGUAACUUCUCCCUAUGCGAGGUCUCAGUCACCGACAACGAGACACAGGCGAUCAAACAAAGAAGGCUGCCAGAUCAGCUGCAGAACCUUGCCGAGAGGAUAGGACUGAGUAGUAGAUAUUACCUGAAGACCAAUGGAGUAACAGAGACCUUGGUACCUGACGAGUUGGCGCCAGAGCUGCUAAGGGAAAACGCUUUCCACUUUCUGCAGCUAAACGCCGUGGAGGUGGCGAUUCAGCUUACAUUACAGGAUUUCUCGAUAUUCAGACAGAUAGAAUCCACGGAGUAUAUAGACGAUCUGUUCCAGUUGAAAUCGAAGUACGGCACUCCGAUGUUGGACAAGUUCGCCGCAUUGGUUAACAAGGAGAUGUUCUGGGUGGUAACAGAGGUGUGUUCGGAAACGAACCCCGUGAGGAGGAUGAAGAUUAUCAAGCAGUUCAUCAAAGUCGCAAGACAAUGUAAAGAAUGUAAAAAUUUCAAUUCGAUGUUCGCAAUAAUUAGUGGUUUAGGGCAUGGGGCUGUAUCAAGACUGAAACAAUGCUGGGAAAAAUUACCGACUAAGUAUCAAAGGGUGUUCCAUGACUUGCAACUGUUAAUGGACCCCUCAAGAAAUAUGAGUAAAUAUAGACAGAUGGUAUGCACGGAACAGAAUCAGCCUCCUAUUAUACCUUUCUAUCCUGUUGUUAAGAAGGACUUGACGUUCAUCCAUUUGGGUAACGACUCUCAUAUGGAGAGCUUAAUAAAUUUUGAAAAAUUGAGGAUGAUAGCCAAAGAGGUCAGAUCGUUGAGCAACAUGUGCAGUAGUCCCUAUGAUUUGCUCACAAUGCUGGAAUUGGGUGGACAGCCCGCUAGUAAUGCUAUGAUAAGCAUGAAUCAAAUGACCACGACGAAUUCUCAACAUGCUCAACAACAAGGUCAACAAACUGUGAAAAGACGGAAGAAAUCAACUGCUGCCCCCAAUCCAAAAAAAAUGUUCGAGGAAUCUCAAAUGGUGAGGAGGGUAAAGGCUUACCUAAAUAAUUUGAAAGUGAUAACUGACGAAGAGAGACUUCGUGAGAUGUCAGUCGAAUGCGAGGGCGCUGCCUCCGGCACUACUUCCAAUCAGGGAAGCCAAAGACCUAGGCGACAUGCAUCGCCUGCGCCAUCUACCACAAGUAGCACGAGCAGUGCCAGUGAUGAGAGGAAACCUUCGGCUAAAUUUGGAGCUCAAUCUCCACAGGCAGUUCGAAAAUUAUUAUCAUUAUCUGAUGUAAGUAAGAAGAAACCACAUCAACAAAUUUUGGCAGGUAUCAAUCCUGCUCAGGCAAGUCCUGCCGUGAGGAGAGCUCCAAGUGCAACAGGAAGUUACUCAAGUUACGGCUCGCACAGCUCGACCAGCAGCUCGGGUAUUGGCGGUAGGGCGAUGCACGAAAGGUCGCACUCGGACACACCGACGCCCCUGCCUUCGGUCGCCCUGUCGGCCGAAAGCAGUAGCGUCACAUCUCUCAGUAAUAUGCCGCUAAGAAAAACAGCGAACUCAGGUUCUGUUACUUCUUCUGACUCGGGUCACAGCACAACCAGUCAUAGUAGCACGGGGGAUGGGCUAGUGCACCCCUAUCAGAGAUGUUCCAGCCCGCCUCGACCCCCACUAGGUCCCGGAGGUCGCAGACAGGGCCCGCCGGCCUAUAGUGUAGCCGCCCAGAUGGCCCGACUGCAAAGACUGGGCCGGGCCCAUUCGCACGAGGGCGUCACACAGAGCUAUCACUAUCAUACCGAUCCUGACACAGAUCAGGGAGACUACGACAACGACAUCUAUGACAUAGACAAGGAUACCGUCAUAAUAAUGGUGUGACCGGUAUGACAUUUGACGUUCUUUUGUGACAUUUAAACAACUAACGACUGCUCGAACGUACUUACCUAACACUACUACCAGAGAAUGUACAUGUUUUUCGUUCCAUAGCUAUAAAAUGCAUGCUCUCCUCUAUUUUCUCGUACAUACAGAAUUUUCGAGAAAUAUUUUUGAAUCUGUGAAAAUGUAUAUACAAAGACACCUUGGAUAUGUUCGAUGUUGCUUUGCUACGAACUGAAACGCUUACUGAAUUCGACGAUACGAAUAUACACUGUGUCCUAAGUUUCCCAUUUUACAUAUCGUUUAAACAUGAAAAUUCUCUAUAAUAACUUCAUGUGCUAAUUGCAGAAUUUUUUUUCCAGAUGUCAAUUAAAAAAAACAGGUUUACAUUAAAAAAAUGUAUCAUCUCAUCUCAAAAAGGUUUUUUUUUGUUACGACUCAAGUUUUUAUUUCAUGUUGACACGGUAUGUAAUAUUUCUGUUUAUAGACUACUUCAGACACAGUGUAUAUCAGACUGAGCAUGAUUGAAAUACAAUGACUCGGAAGUCUGCCUAGCAUCAUAUCACGUGCAUGUUGAUUAACUCCCAGAAACAGAACCCUAGGUCCUGCAUGAUGAAAAGGCACCCGCCAUCUUGAAAUUCCCGUUGAAUUUUUUUUAAUGAAAUAUGUUUAUUUCCAAUACAGAUGACGAAGAGACUCAAGUAUCGGCCGUUUGAACGUAACAAAACCAGUGAUUUCGAAAAAUUCGCAUUAUUUUCAAUACUCGUCCUUUUUUCUGUAUGUACAAUUCGUGCAACUUAGGGGUACUGGAACAAACAUUGAGUAUUCAACGAUUUUAAUAAUGAUCUUCGAAGUGCCAGGUUUGAAUCGAAUAAGUGAAUGAUUUUUUUUAUAUAACUUCUUCUCAAGUUUGUGUACCAUAAAUAUUUUCUUCUACUUGUAAAAUGAUAUGAAAAAUGUUUUGACUGAAUAUUUACAGCAAAGAGGUUGAAAGAAAUUUCAGUUAUUUCUUAUGAAUUUAGCCUUUUUUGAGUCUAACCUGGCAUCAUUUAUUCCUGUUUGUCUCUAUUUUUUUGUACCUGAUUGUUGAAAUCUUUAUACAUAUUUCUCAGAUUUGUUUAGUAUAUUUUAUUUAUAUUUAGUUCAUAAAAUUUUUAAUAUACAUAUAAUAUAUUUGAACUUUCUCCAAUUUAUUUUGUAUAUAAAGAGUAUUUUACGGCAAAUAUUUUAUUAUCUCUUCCUCUCUACUUAGUAUUUCUUGUAUUCAUCUAUGUAUAAAAGAGAUAUUUAAAUCGUCAAUAUCAUUCCACUCACUUAUAUGAUAAGAGUGUUCUGAAACUCAAUCUUCCAACAAUUUUCUCAAUUGAAAUGUGUCAACCGAACAAUUUGAGCCUUUCAGUGAUAAUAAAAUCUUAUUGUGAAAUAUAUCAAAAUGCUCAUGUUUAUCAAAGAAAAAACAGGGGCUAUUUCCUAGGCCAAAUAUAUCUACUCCCUUCUUUUUGAGAGAUUGAUAUUUCAACAAGUCUCAAGAAUUGAAGUUUUAAAUUUGUCAACAAAUUCUAUGAGUAUCGAAACUAUAAGCUCAAUAUAUUCCAUUUUGACCAAAUUAUAUUUUUCAUCAUGUCAUUGUAUACUCUAGACUGAAUAUAAAUGAUUUAUAAGUAUUAAUUACUAUUUAGAUUUUCAUGUUUUAUGCGGAAUCUUUUUCCUAAUUUAUGUGGAUUCAUUUCUUUAUUUUUGGUGAUUUGACUAGUCGCUCAAUAUCGUUGUAUAAAGUCAAGUAUUUAAUACAUGGAAUACUGAUUUUCAUUAAAAAGAACCAAUUUAGUAAUCCAGAUAUCCACUUUUCUCAUUCUUGUUUUGAACUUGAUUUUGUACAACAAAUUUUGAUAUGAAAAUUUAGUUACUAUAAAUAUCUAUUAAUAUUUUUAAGGUUGUAUCAUAUUUGUUGUAAUUAAUGUAAAUUUAUUUUAAUCUUAAAAAUGGUGAUUGUCUCUUGACAUGAACGUUAAUGUUAAAUAAAGUGAAAUUUCAUA